AUGCUUAUUCGUGCCUUCCGCUUGAGGAAAUUCAUCGAAUCCUAUCCAUCUGCGAAUUUAAUAGCUACAACCGUUGCACCUUUACCACACACCACUUUGAAAUUUUCUUUUUUCAGAGGUAUCCACAUGGCCGAUUCUAAACCAGAAACAAAGAAUGGCUCCAAAAAAGGUGCUCCUUCUUUUGUAACACCAGAGUAUAUUGAAUUGCAGCGCCAAAAAAAGGCAGAGAAGAUGGCAAAAAAGGCUGCUCUUAAACAAUUCAUGCCUCAGCAAGAUCAACCCCGUGCGUUCAAUACCGAUUUUAUAAAAAGAGACAUGCUUACCUUACCAAAUUUCGCUCCUUUUGAUGAAAAUAAAUCACCUGUAAAUAUUAAAGUCAUGACCUAUAAUGUGUUAGCUCAGACAAAUAUUCGUCGCUCCAUGUUCCCUCAUAGCGGAGAAGCCCUGAAAUGGAAAAACCGCUCAAAAGUUCUUGAAAAUGAAUUCAAGUUUUAUGCUCCUGAUAUCGGUUGUAUGCAAGAGGUUGAUGCCGAAUUCAUUCCUUCUUUUUAUAAACCUCUGAUGGAAAGCAUGGGUUUUGACUUGGUUUUUCAAGCUGCUGAAGGAAAAACACAUGGAAUUUUAAUUUUUUGGAGAAACUCUCUGUUUAAAAACCUAAAAAUAGACGUUAUUCACUAUGAUGAUCACCAUGAGUUACCAGGAAGAAUGAAUACAAAAAAUAUUGGCAGUUGUGUUACAUUAGAACGUGCUGAUAAUCCUUCCAGAGGUAUCUUUCUUGCUACUACUCAUUUGUUUUGGCAUCCUUAUGGCUCUUACGAAAGACUUCGCCAGGGUGCUAUUUUAGUAAAGGAGGUGAAGGCUAUAGCUGAGGCCCAUCAAGAUUGGCCUGUAAUUAUUGCUGGCGAUUUCAAUACAGAACCUUUUGAUACAAACUAUCCUGCGAUGACUACGAAGCCUUUUUCCAUUUGUCAGCGUGCUACCGAUAUUAUUGAACGCAGUAUGAAUUACGUGUUUGGAGAGUCUGAAUUAGAAGGAAAAGAAGAAGCUGAAUAUCAAUCGCCAGCUAAGCAAUCAGAAAAUGAUACCGAAAGUGAUGUUUCUACUCCUACUUCCAUCACUUCAGCAUCUACCCCAUCUAAAAAGCGAAUCCUACAUGUGCAGAAUGAAUUUGUACCGCAUUACAGUUCUUUUUAUGAGCAACACAAACAAAAUCCUAGACUUGUUAGCUUAUAUUCUUAUGGUUACAAACACGUCGAUCCUGAAAAUGCAAAGAAUACAUUUGAGCAUCCUGCUUUCACAAAUUGGGCUAAUACUUACCAAGGCCAUUUAGACUAUAUUUUUGUUAUGGACCGGAAUUCUGGAACAGAGAAAACUGUAAAUGAAGUUGUUGACGGUAUAAAGCUGAAAAGUUUACUUCGAAUUCCUCAUUCAAACGAAAUGAAAGAGGCAGAACCUCUAGAGGGUAGAUAUCCCAGCGACCAUGUUGCUUUAAUGGCCUCCAUUCAGUUAAUAUGA